GCCAUUAUCGGCGCUGCGUAGUGUUUCAUUCUUACCCGGGCAGCUGCCCGACUCCCCUCCGUAGUGGCCGCAAUGGACUCGCCCGUCGUUUUCAAUCUCGUUCACGGCACGGCGAUUAUUCGCCGCGCUCGCGAGACAGAACUCGCGAACGAGCACGGCGUUGGCGCGCGUUGCGUAGUGAACGGUGGAAAAAUCGCGUGGUGUCGCACGGACGGCUGAGAAAUACGUCGCGGGAACAUCGUGCCAUCAUCGCGAGUCAGUGUCUUUCCGCGCGCGCGGUGUUGUUUUGGGUUCGGCCAUUUUUCGAGUGAGGAAGGUUAGGGAGAGACCGGAGUGCGCGCUGAAGCCACGUUCACUUCAUCGCCGCGUCAUCGUGUGUGUUCCGAUCAACGGAAAUCCGUCGAGAAUUCUUAAUUCAUCAGUGACAAAACGAUAAUCAGGGGCGCGAUCGCGCGAUCCUGUGUCUGCUCGACUCCCCCGCGGGAAGUCUCGUCUUUGUCAGCCAUGUGCAUUGCGGCGCAUCGUUCAAAACGUCCUCGCACCCCCGUGGCAGUCGGCCAAUAAGAGGCCGAGCGCCCGAGCCACGUGACCGUGGCUGGCCAAUCGGCGCGGCGGGAUUUGAAAUCUUUUGGUCUUUGUUCACGGGCUAGCUCGUGUCAACCAACGUUGCCUCAGUUCCGUCAAGGGGGACCCGUGUCGGUGUACGGUUUAUACAUGGUCGCUGCGCCGAAAAUUUUCGACUGCGACUCGCCGCCGUAAAUAUAUGUGUGAAAGUGCUGCCGGACGCGGACAAGACAGUGUGAUUCGGAAAACGUUGGACGCGCAGUAUCGAUAUACGUCGAGUGAAUGGAAUUGGAUACCGUAAAUGCGUACAGCACCGUCGGGAUGGAGCAGGGAUUGUCUGGGGAUCCAUGGGACUGUCUGUUUAGUGACAGCAUCUCGGACGCCUUCCAGGGUCGUCCAGAGAUGUUACAUAUGGGUAUUCGGCGUUGCGAUAAUACGAGCCAAAUCGGCUGGUUUGGUCCAGGCCUUGGCUUCGAUUUCGACGACGUCUUGACGGAACCCGAUGAAGAUCCGCUUGCCAUGAAUGACAAAAGCCGCAGUUCGAACAGCAACCUGGAAGAAUUGAAUCUGGACAGUGACAGCGAACUGGCUUUGACGUUGGAUCCAAAUUUGAUACUACCGUGUAACAUGCCUAUCCGCAGCCCCGCGACAAAUAGCGACGCAGCGAUGCUGGAAACAGCGAGCGUGGAGGAGAACGCUGUUGAAAACGAGGGAGAUGAGACGGAGAACGAAAGUGAGGUCGAACGAACUGAAAACGAUGAAGAGAAUGAAAGCGAGGAGGAAGAAGAGAUCGAAGUUGAGGAUAACGAGCAUAAUGAGACGGAGUACGAGACGGAAGAAGAAGAAACGGAAGAGGAAGAGGUAGAGGAAGACGAGGAGACGGAUGAUGAGGAACAGGACAUGACUCAAAAGUCGCUUACACCCUUGAAUGUGGAGGUGCCGAUAUCAUCAUCAUCGGGCAACGUCGGCGCCAGGACGUUAACCGGUGCCAAUAUGGCCAUCUCGUCGCCGACGAUACAACUGACGAGGUUGCAUCCUAAAAUAAGCACCAUAUCAAACACAGCCAAGGACAUCAAGAUGCUGCAAACUAAUCCAGGUGCCCAGGCGUUGCAGAUUCGCAAACAUAUGUCCUACAACAAUAAUGUGCACGACGUCAGUACAGGUGCGACGACGACGGUCAUGAUACAGGCGGCAAAGCGUGAGAAGGAGUUAAUGUCAGGGAACCGUGACAACUCUUAUCCGAAACCUGCGUACUCGUACUCAUGUCUCAUCGCGAUGGCACUGAAGAACAGCCAAACAGGAUCGUUGCCAGUUUCAGAAAUCUACAAUUUCAUGUGCCGGCACUUCCCCUACUUCACGACUGCGCCAACUGGUUGGAAGAACUCCGUGAGGCACAAUCUGUCGCUGAAUAAGUGUUUCGAGAAGAUUGAGAAGCCACCCGGCAAUGGUAGUCAACGAAAGGGUUGUCUCUGGGCCAUCCAUCCGUCGAAAGUGACUAAGAUGGACGAGGAGGUGCGGAAAUGGUCGAGAAAGGAUCCGAGCGCGAUCAAGCGAGCCAUGGUGAAUCCGGAACAGCUGGAGUUCCUCGAACGGGGUGAGAUGAAGUACGAAGGAGACAAACACGAUGAGGCAUACGAUGACGCAGAGAGCUACGCGGAUUCCGAGACUGGUGGGUCCGUGGUAGACGAGACAAUUAACGACGAUGAGAACGUUACGUAUGAUGAAACCAAGCAGAUCGAUAUCGUCGACGACGAUAUCGUUGUGGAGCAGCUCUACGAGGAUCUUGAUCUCAUGAAUGCCACCAAGUUACUCGACACGCGACUAAACAAUUUUUCUAGGCAAGAACAGCCAUUGGUGUAUGAAUUUGUCUCGUGCUCGAAGCGCCAGAAAAUGUUGACGGGCAACGAUUUUAUUUGUCAACCUGUCCAACGACAGGACGCGGCGUCGCCCCGGAAAAAAGCACACCUCGUGGCGUUACGGCCCGGAGGCACCGCUCCUCCGGAUGCCGAAUCGCUUCUCGAAGCGGAUUAAAUUCCUGGGACAUUUAUAUGAUCUCCUAUUUAAAUAAUAUACACGCGGCCAAGUACACACCUCCUUUUUUUAUUGCUAGACCAUUGUAAAUAAUUGCGUCCUGUAACUUUUUUUACAGUCUGAGAUUUUGUAAAUACUUGUGUUUUAUACGAUGAUGUACCUUUUUUAUACAAUGCGCUUGUACAUAACUGUAAUUUUUAAGUGUACAAAUAUCUGUACAUAUACAAUGUACAAAGGCUAUUUUUUUUUAGAACCAUAAUGUGGGACCAUCCUAUAGGCAUGCGCAUAGAAAAGUUUUUCAAAUACAAAUGGUUAUUUAAUAUUACUCUACGCAUGUCCGCAUAUUUACAAGAAAAUAGCCAUAACAAGCAAGAAAAAUUCCGAUUAAAUCCGACGAUAGAAGGUGCUUAUCCGGGGACGACUAUUGUGUAUUACUAAAUUAGCGCUCGCCUAACAUGUCUAACGGCGCCACAACAAUUUUAUAAUAAACAUUUUUUAAUGAUCCAUUAA